AUGAUUGAUCCAACGGACGCCAUCACCCAUACUGAUGACCUCAUGUCAUUGUAUGUAUAAUAAAACUAGGCUACUACUCCCGGAUUCAUGUUUAGUAUUCCAAUGAAUAUGGGAAGCAGCAGCAGCAGCAGCAGCAGCAGAGCCAACCAAGUGAGGUAUACGGUUUGUUUUAACGGCUGGGAAUCUCUCCGGCGGACGGCGUUGAGCCGGGCGUUUGGGGUUGUUUACGCGUGUGGGAUUGUAGCUUUGUUUUAUCACCAUGUUCAAACCCUUGUUGCCUCAAAAACUACACUCUCCUCCUCCGUCGCCGUAUCUUUGUUCGUCUCUGAUCUUAUUCUGGCUUUCCUAUGGGUAACAUCGCAGUUGUUUUACGUUAAUUUGAUCCGUCGUUUUGAGUUCCCAGAAAAUCUGAAAAAGGUGGUGAAAACAUGUGAUUUUCCAGCACUGGAUGUGUUCGUAUGCACCGCCGAUCCGUACAAGGAACCACCGAUGAUCGUCGUGAAUACUGCCUUGUCAGUGAUGGCUUAUGAAUAUCCGACGGACAAGAUUUCGGUCUACGUGUCGGACGAUGGAGGAUCGGCGUUGACUCUGUUUGCUCUCGUGGAGGCUGCAAAGUUUGCGACUCACUGGUUACCGUUUUGCAGGGAAAACAGUUUAAUGGAUAGAUGCCCAGAAGCUUAUUUUGCAUCUAAUCCUUCUGGGAACCAAAAUAUUAAGAUGAUGUACGAGAAGAUGAAAAAGAAAAUUGAAGAUGUUGUCGAGAGAGGAGAAGUGGGAAACGACGUCGUCCAACAACUUGAAGCUUUGAAGCAAUGGACGGAUGAGUUUAACCCCGGCAAUCACCCACCCGUGAUUCAGGUAUUAUUAGAUAACAACAACGACAGAGACGUAAGUGGCUGUCUUCUUCCCACUUUAACCUAUGUCUGUAGACAGAAGAAGACGAGCUUUCCUCAUCAUUUCAAAGCCGGUGCUCUUAAUACCUUGCUUCGGGUAUCAGCAAGCAUGAGCAAUGCGCCCAUUAUCCUAACCUUGGAUUGUGACAUGUACUCCAAUGAUCCACACACCCCAAUUCGUGCAUUGUGUUACCUGUUAGAUCCCAACAUGAAUUCCAAUUUGGCCUAUGUCCAAUUCCCUCAAAUAUUUCCAAAACUCAACCCAGAUGACAUUUAUGCUUGCGAGUUUAAACGAUUAUUUCAAAUUAAUCCCAUGGGCUUUAACAACUCAAUUGGCCCUAAUUAUGUUGGGACUGGCUGCUUUUUCAACCGACGAGCCUUCUUUAGUACCCCAUCAAGCUUUCUCUCCCCCUCCCCCGAACUCCCUCACCUUCACCCAACCCACGUUCUGGACAAGCCCAUCAAGGCCGACGAAAUCUUAGCUCGAGCGCUUCUUGUUGCAGCUUGCGAUUAUGAGACUGAUACCCAAUGGGGCUAUCAGAUUGGAUUUAGAUAUGGGUCCCUGGUUGAAGACUUCUAUACAGGCUAUAGAAUGCAGUGUGAGGGAUGGAGGUCUGUGUUCUGCAAUCCAAAAACGGCAGCGUUUCAUGGGGAUGCCCCAAUUACUCUGGUUGAUGCUUUAAGUCAAACCAAGAGAUGGGCUUUUGGUCUCCUUCAAGUGGGGUUUUGUAAGUAUAGUCCCCUAACCUUUGGUAUCAGGAAAAUGGGCCUGCUAAUGGGCCUUUGCUACUCGCACUAUACAUUCUGGCCCCUUUGGGCUAUUCCUCUUACGGUAUACGCAUUCCUCCCUCCCCUCGCUCUUCUCAACGGACUCCCUAUUUUCCCAAAGGUACUGGAAAUAUGGUUCGCCCUUUACGUGCUACUUUUUGUUGGGGCGUAUGCACAAGAUUUCAUGGAGUCUGCUUUGGAAGGAGGAAGUUUCCGAAGAUGGUGGAAUGAACAGAGAAUGUGGAUGAUUAGAGGAGUCUCAUGCUGGUUAUUUGGGCUCGCUGAGUUCACUCUUAAAUCUUUUGGCAUCUUUAAACACGGGUUCAGCUUGACCCACAAGCUGCUUCAUUCUGACCAAGUGAAAAAGUAUGACGAACAGAUUUUCGAUCUGGGAAUCUCAUCGCCAUUGUUUGUGCCACUGACAACUGCAGCAAUCAUCAACUUGUUUGCUUUUAUCAUAGGGUUCAUACGACUGAGUUUUUUAAAUGAAGAACUGGUUAUGCAGAUGUUGACAACAGGUUUUGUUGUAAUCAACUGCUUACCAAUUUACAGUGCUGUAGUUUUUUGGAGUGAUAAAGGCGCCAAAAUCUCUACCAACACUAUUCUUCUGGCAACAUUUCUUGCUUCUGCUCUCUCUGCGAUUUCUUCUCUCUUUCUCAACUAAUCUUCACUGUUAAUCAUUUGUUGUAUCUAAACCAUGCUUUAAGUUGUAUGUAUUACAAAGAUUUUGCGUUCAAUGAAAAAAUAAUUCAGACGGA